AAUUUACAGAAUAAAAAAUUCUAGAUCUGAUAGAGAUAGAACAGUAUUCACAGGAGAAAAGAUUUGUGCAAAUUGUAAAAAGGUGCAAACACUAUUUCUAGAUCUAAGACAUAUAGUUUAUAUACAAGAACUAAAUUAUACCAGAUGAUUCAAUUCUUCAACAGGAUUACCAAUCCAAAAAUCUUCCAAAUGGUAGUCAAAGUGGUUUUCAUCCAUUGAUGGUGGUGCUUGGGUGCCUUGGGCAAACAAGUAUGGGUAGUUCUUAUUCCAGCCUACCAUGCAACCUUUCUCUUGAACUUGGGUUUUAGAUUGGAAGAACCACUACUCUCUAGAUUUGUUUGGAGUGAAGAGGAUGGAAAAGUAACGGGUUAAAAAGGUUGAAGAAAAAGGUCAUUGUGCUUUAUGUCAACAAGUGUUAUGUGAUGAUUACUUUUAUGUCAAGAACUUAAAUGAGAGGAAUCUCAUUUAUGUGUUUCCUAUAUUUGCCAAAAACACAUGCAACGAAUCAGAAGACACUUCCUUUUUUGAAAAAAAAAAGAAAAAGAAAAGGAAGCAAAAUACACUACUACUUCUUAUAUGUUCUUUUACGAGCACACAACCACGAAUAUCGAUCUAUAAGAAUGGUGAUGCAGUAAUAUUCCUAUCACACCAUCGAUCGACUCGUCUCGAUCUUUAAAAAAGAGAUUGAUGGUCCCAAACCUAUUGCUUACAUGUUUUCAUAAAGAAAAAGUUACAGUCUUGAAACAUAUAUGAAAUCCUGACAUCGAUCAGUUCUAGUAUCACACCAUUCACCGCGUAGAAAAGAAUAUCUCUAUUGUUGAAAUUUGUAAAGAAGUUAUUAAACGACAUUUUUAUUUGAACAUAAUUAUAUGAUAUCAUCAUCGAUCACUAAACGUCCAAGCUGAAAUGUCAAAUUGACCAUGUCGGCUCUAUGAAAUAAACAAUAUUUAAUUUUUCAACGUAGUUCACAUAUUUGGUAUGCCACCACCUAAUUUUUUUCUUUAAAAUUAUCUUAUUUACCUCACGCUUGGCGUCAAGCUAAUUAGAUUGACGCGCCAUUUAGUAUAAUCAUGUAUUCUGCAAUACAUGCUUUUUAAGAAUACAUCUCGUUUGCUUGUUGGAUUUGAAAAUGAGGGUUUUUAGUUUUAAAAACCUUUGGAUUUAUGAUGGAUUUGUUGCAUUAUGGAUUUAGAAGAGUACAUUGUUUGUUUAGUUAACUUUUAUCAUGGAUUUGUCUGACAAAUUUGACUUCCAUUAUCAAAUCCCAAAUGAAAUGUGAGAUUUUCAAAUAUGUGGGGUCCACGUGUUUGGAUCUAGAAAAAGAGUACAAAUCCGUGGGCCUCACAAAUUUGUGUCGCUUAGAAAACAAUGAAUUUGUGCCAAAUCCUUAGAUGUUUAGGAUUUGUGUGUCAAAUCCAUCACCUAAAUCCCACAAGCAAACAAUACGGUAAUUUUGUAAACAUAGAGGCUUACCAAACCCAACCCUGAAUAUUGAUGACAGAGGAAUACGUUUCUCGGGCCAUCAACACUCUAAGAAUGAGUCAGCCAUGGAGAAAGCGACCAAUGAAAUCUGUCCACAUAGGAUCGGGUAGGGUAGCAAGAUAUAGAUGAGCUGAGCCGCGCCAAAAUCCUUCCCCUCUCCCUUUCCCUGCUUCUCUUCUCACAAAUCUAUUCCAACUAAAGCACAGGCAGAGCCCAAAUUUGCAGAGGCUAUGGCUUUCCCUUCCCUUAUCCCAGCCUCUGGCGUCCACAGGCUUUCGCUCUUUUCUUCCCCUUCUUCAGCUCGCACGUCGCAGCACUUGUUGCUCUCAUCCUCCCAUUCUUCAUUUCGCUUCAAUCCAACUCCAACUCUCCACUGCCCUCCAGCCGCCGCCAAGCGUUCUGCCGAUUACAGGGUUCAGAGUUAUCCUCCUGCAAAACCCACUUCAGAGGAUAUGGAGAAGGUGAUUCCUUUCGCUACUGAAGCAGGCACGCCAAGUUCCCGACUUAGAAACAAGAAUUUAAAGGGUCUGAUAGCUGCGGUUCUUAUGUUUGUUCAAAUAUCUUCACCUCUGCCUUACUUCGGCUGGGAGCCGUUUCCCAUUUCACCAGCAAAUGCGGUGCUUUAUUUGCCGGACACUAAGGUUCGAAGAACUGGAGAACUUGCUUUAAGGAAGGCGAUUCCAGCCAAUGCAAACAUGAAGGCCAUACAGGAUUCACUGGAGGAUAUCUCAUACUUGUUAAGGACACCACAGAGGAAGCCAUACGGAACCAUGGAAGGCAAUGUGAAAAAAACCCCUUAAGGUAUGUGGCAUCAGCCAAAGGACUUUUUCGCCAUCUAUGUGAAGCUUUAAUAAUCAUAUACCAUGCUAAAAGUUCAGUACCAGCUAAAGGAAUUUGUUAAGUGUGAUCAUUGAUGUUCUAUAUUCCUGUAACAUGGUGCUAUGGUUUCAGAUUGCAACCGAGGAAAAGAACUCCAUUUUGGCAAGUGUACCUGCAGAGUUUGGGGACUAGGGUUCCUCAUUAUAUGCAUCUCUAAUUGAUGGAAAGUUAUGACACUUUUAGGUGGUUGUAAUGUGGUGGAAUGUGGUAACUGCUCAACGUUGCUUUGGUGUCUCGUCGUCUCAUUAUCGGAACGCUAAACCAGUGACUGGCUUCAUUUGAACUAGUGGUUCAAUUUUGAAGGAUACUAAAUUACCUUUUCCAUUUCAAGGGUGGUUUGCAAGCUCUGAUUAAAAACAUUAAGGACCGGGACCAAGACAAAGUUUCCGUGAGCCUUGCAUCUUCACUUGAUACCAUCUCUAAGCUUGAGUUGCUACAGGUAUCCGUAUGUAAGACUUCCUCUCAUGUUUCUUACGAUUCAGAAUUUGUAUCCAAUAACUGUAACCUCCCUUUUUAGCACUGUUCCUUCCUUGUCAAUCCAGCAACUUACCAGUCUCCAUUUCACAUAAAGGCAGAAAUGGUUGGUCCAUAUUAUGCAUUACUUUGUGGAUGGAUGACUCAUAAAGAUAGCAAAUUAUGCUUCUUCUUUUUUUGUCAAGUUCACCAAUUUCCACCAAUUUAUUCCUUUCAGGGAUCAAGAGCGUUGUAGAAAUGGUAAUUGAAUAGAUUCCUUUUGGUUGUAAAAGGCUCCAGGACUUUCUUUCUUGUUGCCAGAGCAAUACACAAACUAUCCAAGGUCAGCCCUUUCAUUGGUCAUCCCUGUGUGAUAAUGUUGUAUUGCAACUUUAAUGGUACAGGCACAAAAAUAGUGGCAGCCAAACUUUGGAUUAGUUUUUAUCUCCUGACUAGAAUCUGUGGACCUGUAGGCUAAAUGGCAGAGGAACUGUUGAAUUUACCAUUGAGAAAGGAGAUGGUUUAGCAUUUUCCCCUGAAGUGGGUGGUGAAUUAAGAAAGACAGUCAAAAUUCAGGUCUGAUAAGCAAUCUGCAAUAAUGAGAAAGCAAAGUUACUGUCAUUGAUAUGUGCUCCUACUUUGAAUCUCCUACAUGCUUGAACUACUUUAUUCCUGCUGCUGGAUUUGUGGAUAUGACAUUUGCUUGCAACUAGUUAGUUCCUAUUCUGGGUGUGUGCCUUCCAUUCUUUCAUCUAAUUUUUUUUCUGGAUACCUUGUUGCUCUCUUAUCUCUUCGUACUAUCAUUAACUAUAUCUACAAUAAAAAUUAAAUUAUGCGCAAACAGGUAACUGUAUAUGGAUAUUCAGCAGUCAGCACCACCGACAGCAGGGAAUUUCGCAAAACUGGUAAGGUUGCUGAACCUCACUUGAACCUCACCAGUCCUAAUUUCCUCAUUAUGUACCUUUUUUUACCUUUCAUGAACGAUAUGCAAACAUUGAUCGUCUUAGGUAGUGCAUGGGGCAUACGACGGAGCAAAGCUCGAUACCAUUAACCAAGCUAUCAUAACCGAUACUGGACUGGACAAGAACUCCAGUUACAAGCAUACCCCUAGAAAUAAUGCCCUCAGGACAAUUUGAGCCACUGUACCGAACAAAAUUAAAGUGUCCAGGUAACACCAUACUGUCUAUACAAUGAUACAAUACAUUCAUCAGGCCAAUUUAGAGCUGCCAAAAGAGUUCUCACCUUUUUCAAAAUGUUAUCACUUUCAUGUUGUCUUAAAAAAAGCACGGGGAGUUGCCAGUUCUUCCGAUGUCAGUCUACGGAGCAGUUGCAAUGGCACAUAGUGAAUGUGUCUGAAGCAUAUCAGUUCUUCUUCUACCUCUACGACAAGAGAAAUGUAAGUACCAUGCACCAAUCAAACUCUAUAGAGCUCAGAAUUUCUCUCUUGAAACUCACCACUUCACUGGUUCCCCCUUGUCAAUUUGUAUGACAGUCUGGCUUAGGAGGAUUAUCUUUCUGACGAAGGGCGGUUCUCGGUUUUCGGGUAUGUCUCCGAGGCCCUACCUAAUGUCUUCUGCAUGUCAGGUUUCACUGUGCUGAGCUAUAAUCACUGUUCUGUAAAUGCGUUUGCAGAUAUGCCACUAGCGGGAGGGACAUUCCUUGGCAGAUCAAAACCCGGCGAUGUGAUUCGAUCAGCAAAGAUGGUGGAUGGUCAGGAUCGCCUUAUACUACCAACCAAGAGCUGAGACCUGAAAACAGGACCAGCUUGAUUCUCUUCUCUUUCCAAACAGGGUACGACGAAGAUCUCUGAUCAUAUCUCCCAAUGACCCACUUGCUCAAUUCAUUGGUAAUUUGAUAGACACACAAUGUCGAUCAUUUUUUUUUUUUUUGGUCUUGUAACAAAUGUCUAACACCAGUAGUCACCAGGUCUAUCUAUCCUCUCAAAAUUUGUUGAUUGUUCCACCUCUGGGUGGGAAAUGAGAAAUAUUUCUGGAUUUGUCGAUACUUCCCACUUCCACAUCUGAAGAUGGGUUUGAGUUUGACAUCCGGCCAUCGGUUUGCUUCCGGCCGACACGUCACUGCUCCAAUUUGUACGAUGAUUUUUUAUCCUGCUGUGAUCGGAACAGAGACCUCUCUGAAGGAUACAUCUUCUUCACUGUCUGGUAGUGGCCCUGAGGUGUCGACUUUUGGGCGGACGUCGAGAAGGAAGGUGAUCGGACAUUUCGCUUUUGCUUGCCGAGAAUUCGGCCGGGAAAAGGGACGGAACCGGCACCUUUUGAGUUCGCCGACGGCGACAAUCCAAGAAAACUCCUUUUUUUUGUCUGAAAAAUAAUUUGUGAAAUUAAGGGACUUCUGCAGA